CGCCAACCUGACCAUCAGGCUGUGCACACGCUGACUGGGGGGGUCAACACAACUUCUGAAGAGACCCGCGUUCCUAGAGAACCACGAAUCCAUCGCCGGGAGCCGAAAGAACACAGGACGCUGUGGUGCUCGUCGGUGGCCGGACACCCAUGAGACAGAAGACCUACAAGCCUCUAAGCUUCAGAAGGAUUUCCUAACUCAUCGUCUAAACCUCCCUCGAAAUGAAGGCAUUCAGCAUUGCAGUUGCAGUGACACUCGUGCUCGCCUUUGUUUGCAUGCAGGACAGCUCUGCCGUCCCGUUCCAAGGGGUGCAGGAGCUGGAGGAGGCCGGGGGCAGUGACACUCCAGUUGCGGAACAUCAAGUGAUGUCAAUGGAAUCGUGGAUGGAGAAUCCCAUCAGGCAGAAGCGCCACAUCAGCCACAUCUCCCUGUGCCGCUGGUGCUGCAACUGCUGCAAGGGCAACAAGGGCUGUGGCUUCUGCUGCGAGUUCUGACGAUUCCCGCAGCACAACCCCACAAUGUGUUAAUUUAUUACACUUUUUGUCGAGAAAUGUCCUUUUUCUUGACCUCUUUUGUAAUUUUGUAUAAUCUUUUAAAUAAAACGGGGUCCGAUUCAUGGAAAUAGCCCUUUGAAUAGAUAAAGAGCUGCUCUGUGUAUUUAUUGUGCAUGUCACCCCGACACUCUUUUUUUGUAAACUGAAUGAGGCGUCGGUCCAGAUUUGGCUGUGUUUGUUUAUCUAAAUUAAAUCUCUUAAUAAAGGAUGGAAAUAA